GUACCAUCAUCCAAACAAACUGUCUUCUUUCCAAAAAAGAAAGAAAAGACACCCUUUUACUAAUCAAACCAUCAGUAGAUAGAAACUUCUACUUGAAGAAUCAAACAAAAACACCAACUUUCAUUUGUCACAAUCUAUUCAUUUUCUCUAACCUCCUCUCCCAACCCCCCAACCAACACCCAUCUCUCUCCCUCCUUUAGGGACAAAGGGAGAGGGAGAGAGAAAAAUAAAAGAAGCUGAUUUCAUUUGUAAAUUGUUGAACUGAAAAAUGCAAUUGAAAUCAUUCAACAUAUUCACAAUCACAAUCAUGUUGUUAUUUACACUUAUAAUUCUAAUUUUCUCUGGUUUUCUUGAUUUCCCACUUUACACUUCUUCUUCAAUCCCAUCAACUAAAAAUCAAAUCUUGACCACCCCCACCCCCACCCCCACCCCCAUGACCUCACUUUCCAAACCCGACCCGUUUAGCAACUUGUUGGGUGCUCUCAAGAAAUGGGAUUCUCAAAUGGGUUGUCCUCAAUUCAGGGAAAAACACAAAGGGUUAAAUUAUACUUUUGGUUCUUUGCAAAAUGUUGAUGAUGGUGAAUUGAAGUGUAAUGUGUUAAAGAUGGAUUAUGUGAGUGUAUUAGUUAAAGGGUGGACUUGGAUUCCUGACAAUUUGGAUAAUUUGUAUUCUUGUCGAUGUGGGCUUAGCUGUUUGUGGACUAAAUCUGAUGUUCUUGCUGAUAAACCUGAUGCUUUGUUGUUUGAGACUGCUACUCCUCCUAUUCAGAGACGUCAAGGUGAUCCAUUACGUGUAUACAUGGAUCUAGAAGCUGGUAGAAAGAAAUCAGGGUAUGAGGAUAUAUUUAUUAGCUAUCAUUCAGAAGAUGAUGUCCAGUCAACCUAUGCCGGCUCACUUUUUCAUAAUAAUCGAAAUUAUCACCUUUCUCCUUAUAAGAACAAUGAUACUCUUGUUUAUUGGUCUUCAUCACGUUGUCUUCCUCAAAGGAACCAGCUUGCCAAACGUAUACUCAGCUUGCUACCCUCCCAUUCAUUUGGCAAGUGCCUGAACAAUGUUGGAGGUCUAGACAAGGCACUCUCGUUUUAUCCCGAGUGUAUGAAGGAUUCUAAUGUAGCACCCAAAUGGUGGGAUCAUUUACAUUGCGCGAUGUCACAUUACAAGUUUGUCCUUGCGAUUGAGAACACCAGGACAGAAAGUUAUGUAACAGAGAAAUUGUUUUAUGCACUGGACUCUGGUGCUGUCCCCAUUUAUUUUGGUGCCCCGAAUGUCUGGGACUUUGUACCUCCACGUUCGAUAAUUGAUGGAAGCAAGUUUAGCUCUCUGGAGGAAUUGGCCUCGUACGUUAAGGCCAUUGCUAACAAUCCAGUAGCUUAUGCAGAGUACCAUGCAUGGAGAAGAUGUGGUGUGCUGGGGAACUAUAGAAAAACCCGGGCAGCUAGUCUGGAUACUUUGCCUUGCAGGUUAUGUGAAGCCAUCAGUAAAAGAAAUGGGAGAAACGCAAAAGCCUCUUGACUGUUCAACUGCAAAAAUACAGUGUGCUAGGUUCUAAAUUUCAUUAUUAUUGAGUACAAUAGACCCCUGUGGUCCGGCCCUUCCUCAAACUCCACGCACAGCGAGAGCUUUACAACAUCGGCGUGCCCUUUAUUAUUGUGUACUUAGCUCCUCUAGUGUUGUUUUUAAUCAGUGUCUUUGUUGUUAGGAUGUAGACUAGGUAGAGUGACUUGUAAAGAUCUCAACCCCUUACAAAUUAAUGAUACAUUAUUUUUGGUUCAACAAAAUUGCAUUUUCUA